CGAAGCUGAAAAUUUGGCGCCCCGGACAUUUAAAUAAGCUAUGAAGGCAUAAGCUAAGAUUUCGUUGUAUAGAUGUUCCCCAGUGCUGGAGUUUUUUAUCGUCUUUGUAUUGUUAUCUGUCGCUGGAAGUUGUAUGAACGAUCUGCGAGUCGCGGAGAUGCAGAGAACCACAGGCCGGGUUCGUGUACUGCUGUUGUUAGCUGAUGCCGCUCAGAUUAGCCUUUACUUGGCAACACGGUCAGUCCAACCGCUGAAAUAUUUCCUUUAGUCAUCUCAUUAAAUCCUGGUUGUCCGUCACAACUAUCCAACACACCUGCACUAAAACACCGGCCCGCUGUUUAAAGCAUUUACCAUGAACAGGACCAAGGUGAAGAAAACCAAAGUACCUGCAGGUUUACCUGGGGGACAGCAGAACAUCUCAUCCUUCUUUUCUUUCAAAGAUCAAAAGGACUUAUCCUCCACAAAAGUAUCUCUCACUGGCACAGUAUUUGGCAAGACUGGGCCUCAGAUAAAUGACUGUAAAAACUUGCAAGUCAGACUUAAUUCCCCAUCAAACAGGGGCAUCCUUUGUGACCUUCAAAAUCUUCCCCCCUCCCCAGAUCUUAUCCUCACUGUUCCUGAAACUCCCAACAGUCAGAUCAGGCUUACAUGCACUUCUGCCUCCAGAGAGGAAGCCCACCUGAGCCCAGAGCCCAGCAGGGAGGGGGCAGACCUGGCAAAGUUCAGUCAGCUAUCCCCAAUCUGUCGCAGUCCCUGCUCUAAAGGUCUCAGAAGAAGUAACAAGAGAGAGGACAGAUUGUCAGGCUCCUUGAAGAGACUCUUCAGCCCUGAAAAAUCCCAUAAUGCAAAAAGAGCAAGAGCUGCUGAUCUUUCACCACCAAGAGCUAUGCUCAGCUCUACAGGUAACUGCCUGAAAGUGAUGAGGCCUCUGACUGGUCCUGUGAAGAUAUCUCCCCUUUCCAGAGACAUGGGUCACAGCCAAGGUGUGGAAGUGGAUUGUAAUAGAAGCAGACGUACAUUGAUUUCACAGCAGUCUUUUUCUGGCCACUCCAUGGGGGGACAGAGAAAAUAUGAGGGGGAACGAGGCAAGAAAGAUCCUGGAUUUACUGUGAUAACAGAGCUGAAAGCAGCUGAAAAGAAAGCCAACUGCCUGGAUAUUGAUAUGUGCCCUGUUGCUCCAAAUGUGCAUGAACCUAGUGCAACUAUCACACCUGCACUGCAGGGCGAGGUUAAAUUGAAAGAAAAAGAAACUACAAGAAUGCCAAUAAAGGAUGGAGAUGGGGACAUGAGGACAGCAUCUGAUAAGCAGCAAGCUGGAGGUACAGAAAACACAGGAAUGCCAUCUGCAUGUCCCACUGAAGAGGAGUUUGAUGAGCGCUGGUUUGCAGAGCAGAUGGAUCAUAAUGAAGGACUAGAGGAUGAAUCUAAAAAGCCCUGCAAGGUACCAGACCAUGUGAUUCUUUCUGGAGGCCUAAACAACCGCUACUGGGUUAUAGCUGUUGAGGAAACACCCAGCUCCAAAACUGUAAUCAUCUCAUGUUCCAAGUCUCUACAUCCAACUGAGACAUGUCUGUUAAAAGAUGGAUGGGAGACAACGCCUGUUCGCCGUGGUGAUGUAGUGCAUCUGGAGGGUAGCUGUGAUGAUGGGACCUGGUUAGUGGACAGGGAGCAGGGUUUCUUGGUUUUAUUACCUGAUAGCCUCAUCUCAGGAACCAGCAUCUCAAGCUCCAUCCGCUGCAUGAGGCGUGCAGUACUGGGAGAUAUGUUCAAGAGUUUUGAUGGAGGCUCUAAGCAAAUGCUCAAUGGUACCAUGGUCCAUGAAGUCUUCCAGAGAGCAGCUACAGCUAAAGAUUUUUCUUUGGAGAAACUAUCCACACUGUCUGAUGAAGCACUGCACAGUCCUCGUUACCUAGGAGACAUGUACACUUUGGGUGUAAGUCAGGAGGAGAUGAAGCAGGAACUGUUUGAUUAUCUACCUUCCUUGGAACACUGGGCUAAAGAAUACCUCAGUUCUUCAGCACCAAAAGCCAUUGGUCUUAAAAUUCCUAGUAACACCAGAGCUCAAGGUAGAUGUCAGGACUCCCCUGGUGUUGUCACAGUCACCGAGUUGGCUGAUAUAGAGGAGAAUGUCUGGUCCCCGAGAUUUGGCCUCAAAGGGAAAAUUGAUGUAACGGCACGGGUUCGAAUCCAGAAACCAAGAAGUGGCAGUCACAGAGUCUCAGAAGAAAAAACUCUUCCCCUGGAGCUAAAAACUGGAAGGGAGUCAAACUCGGUAGAACAUCGGAGUCAGGUAAUCUUGUAUACCCUGAUGACCAUGGAGAGAUACAAUCCUGAAGCUGGUCUUCUGCUUUACCUCAAAACCGGCAACAUGCACCCUGUAGCAGCCAGCCACAUGGACCGCAGAGAGCUGCUGAAGCUGAGGAACACUCUGGUUCAUCACAUUCAAAACUGCGUGAAGAAAGGAGCAGAUCGAAGUCGCCUCUCUAGACUGCCUGAUAUCCUGACAAACAGACAGACCUGCCAGUACUGUCCUCAGAGAUUUAACUGUGCUUUAUAUGAGAGAGGGGUGGAUACCAACUCUGAAGAUGUGACCGAGGAUGUUGUGCGAGAUUUUUUGCAGCAAGAGACGGGGCACCUGACUCUGACACAUUUGAACUAUAACUCUCAUUGGAUGCUGCUCUGCUGCCUGGAGGCAUCCACCAUGGAGGCCAAGAACGGUCGAAAGCGAGUGUGGCUUCAGUCUGUUGAGGAGAGUGAGAAGAAGGGGAGCUGUGUGGGGAAUCUGCAGCUUAGCGGCCCAGUGACUGAGACGUCUGAAGGUGUCUUCCUCCAUUGUUUCCAGUGCAACAGUAGUAGGGCUCCACAGCAGGGUUUGGCCAGCGGAGAUCGCAUUGUUGUUAGUGACCAGGAAGGUCGCCUAGUGGGCUUAGCAUCCGGGUACCUGUGUGAAGUCAGCAAGACAUCAAUCAGCUGCACUCUGGACAGGGACUUGUCAAAGUUCAGUGAUGUGUUGUUUCGACUGGAUGGUGAUGAAGGUGUGGUUGGUUUCAGUACUCAUCUCACCAAUCUUUCUAGACUGAUGGAAAAUUGCCCUGACAGCGCAAGUCUGAGGGAGCUGAUUAUUGACCUUCGUUCUCCAGAGUUCAUCUCCAACCUUAGCUCAGUUCUGCCCAGAGAGGCCAAGGACACUGUGGCAAACAUCCUCAAAGGUCUCAACAAACCCCAGAAACAGGCCAUGAAGAAGGUGUUGUUAUCGAAGGAUUAUACAUUGAUUGUUGGCAUGCCAGGCACAGGCAAAACCACAACCAUCUGCACCCUGGUUCGUAUUCUGCACGCUUGUGGUUUCAGCGUAUUGCUGACCAGCUACACCCACUCUGCUGUUGACAACAUUCUGCUGAAGCUGAAACGUUUCCGGGUUGGUUUUCUGCGCCUGGGUCAGGGACAGAAGGUUCAUCCAGACAUCCUGCCUUACACAGAGGAAAGAGUGAGAAAAAAGGAGGUUCACACACUCUCAGAGCUUGAGAUGCUAUAUAACAAAGAGCUGGUCGUAGCAACCACCUGUAUGGGCAUCAAGCAUCCAAUCUUUACACGUCGCCGGUUUGACUUCUGUAUCGUAGAUGAGGCAUCACAGAUCAGCCAGCCGAUCUGUCUGGGACCACUUUUCUACGCCAAGAGAUUUGUGCUGGUUGGGGACCAUCAACAACUUCCGCCAAUAGUACAAAACCAGGAAGCAAGGUCAUUUGGGAUGGAUGAAAGUUUAUUUAAGCGACUGGCGCUCCAUAGUGAGGCAGUGGUGCAGCUCAACGUACAGUAUCGAAUGAACAGGCAGAUCAUGUCUCUGAGUAACUCUCUGAUGUAUGACGGCCGGCUGGAGUGUGGAUCAGAGAGGACGGCCACAGCGCUGCUCACGCUGCCCUUACUGUUGUCUGUCCAGUCAGAGCUGAAUUUCCACUCUCAGGCUCAUCCCCAGUAUGAUUUGUCCUGGUUACAGGCCACAUUGCUGCCCAGCAAUCCUGUGUGCUUCCUAGACUGCUCAGUGGUGCCUGCAUUGGAGUCAGUGGAGCAGGGAGGAGUGAGCAAUUACGCUGAAGCUGCUCUCGUACACAAGCUGCUGUCUCUUUUCAUAAAGGCGGGAUGUAAGUCCAGUGAUGUCGGUGUAAUUGCACCUUACAGGCAGCAGUUAAAGACCAUCUCAGCACUGCUGCAGUCACCUGCUUUCACCGGUGUUGAAGUGAACACGGUGGACAGAUACCAAGGACGAGACAAAAGUCUGAUUGUUCUCUCAUUUGUCAGGAGCACUGCGGAGGCAGCGAAUGUGCGUGUUUCUGCUCCCAUCACCCUCUUUUUUUUUUCUUUCCUUUGUGCCUCUUGUCUCUGCAUGAAUGAACAAGUGAGUGGAAACCUGACCUGCUUCUCUCCUGUCUGUUCCCUCAAAGUUAGGGGAACUGUUAAAGGACUGGCGUCGCCUGAAUGUGGCCAUUACCAGAGCGAAACACAAACUGCUGAUGGUGGGCUCUGCUAUGACGCUGCAGCGCUACACACCAGUGGAGAAACUACUUAAUCAUCUCCGACAGGAGAACAUGAUUAUUCAGCUGCCACCGGACGCCCAUAACGUCCUACCCAAGAUGCACCUGUGACAGAAGUCAAGAGGAUGUUUCAGAGCAUCACACAGUGAAGUACCCAGUGGCUGUGGAUCCCCUCACAUGGCAGAGAAUCAAAAGAUAAUCUCCAUAAAUGCUAAGUGAUCCUAGAGGCACAUUUAUUUCUUUAAAUAACUUGAAAUAGCCAUUCAGAACAAGGUACUUGGAAACCGAUUUUGUGAUGUAAAACUAAAAUAUUUAAAGCACAAAUAGGGCUGACAUGUAUUAAAGUGUUUUAUCCAUCUGAAACCCUUAGUUGAAUUCAAAUAAAAAAAAUCUUUUUUUGUGUUUUUUAACCAUAUGUUUUAGGGUACGAAGCUUUAGGGUACAGCCUGUUCUUCUUAAUGUUGAAGUUUUGAAUGCAUUCCUGUUUUAAAAUAAUCAGUUUUAACAUAAUAAACAAGGUACUGAAGUAGUGAAACAAUUAUAACCGCUGUAUUUGUAGCAGUUGAAUGUAUUGAAAUUACACUGUGAUCUUUUUUUUCUUUUAAUCCAUUAAACCUUAAUUAGAGUUGGUCAUGAUCCAGACAGGUUUAAUCAAAUAUUUCAUGUGAUAUUUUAUGUUGGACUAUUGGAACUUUUAUUGGGCAUUUUCUUGCAACAGUAAGAACUAAAAGUUGUGUAAGCAACUAGAUUAAACUUAUUUUCAUUCAGCUAUAAUAGAUAAGUUCAUGUCCGAAAACUCACGUUGGUAGAGUCUAAAGCUAUAAUACCACUCCAGAAUCAUUUAUUGCCUGAUUCCUACCAAAACCAAGAAUUUCCCAGUUCCAGGACUUUAAUGGGUUAAUUCAUAUUUUUUAUUAGGAAGAAG